GCCUGUGCCCGUCGGCCCCCGGUGCCUCCGCCCGCGGGCCCCGUCGGGCUUUGAACAGCCAAAAGUUAAAAUGUGUGGUGAUGAUGUCCCAGACCAUUGGCGUAUUGGGGAAAAAUGCCUGGCCCCUUGUUCUGAAAAUGGAAAACUUCAUGAAGGAACAAUAACUUCUCUUGAAAAGGACAAGAAUGGAAAAUCAUUUGCUGUUGUAUCAUUCUUGGAGUCUGAAGAAAGGAAAAUACUAAUAACAAAACUUUGUAAAGUCAAAGACAGUAGAGGAUCCUGGAAAAGCUUAAUAUUUGAUGAGGGUGAUCUGGAAAAACCAUAUUUUCCUGACCAAAAUCUUCCAUCUCCUGCAGUUGCUUUUAAAUUAUCUGACAAUGGUGAUUCUAUUCCAUAUACAAUUAACAGAUACCUGCGUGAUUAUCAAAGGGAAGGAGCCCAGUUUCUGUAUAGACAUUAUGCUAAUAAAAGAGGGUGUAUUCUUGGAGAUGAUAUGGGCCUUGGAAAGACAAUACAGGUCAUUUCAUUUUUGGCUGCAGUGUUGCACAAAAAGGGAACACAUGAGGAUAUUGAAAAUAAUAUGCCGGAAUUUUUACUGAGGACAAUGAAAAAGGGCUCAGAUUGUAACCCCAAGAAGACUUUUCUCAUAGUGGCCCCUCUUUCAGUACUGUACAAUUGGAAGGAUGAGUUAGACACGUGGGGAUACUUUAAGGUCUCUGUCUUACAUGGCAGUAAAAAGGAUGAUGACAUGAGUCGUAUCAAGCAAGGGAAAUGUGAAGUUGCUCUUACAACAUAUGAGAUACUCCGCCUGUAUUUGGAUGAAUUUAACAGUAUAGAGUGGUCUGCUGUGAUAGUGGAUGAAGCACAUAGAAUCAAGAAUCCAAAGGCUCAAAUAACUCAAACCAUGAAGUCAUUAAAAUGCAGUGUUCGCAUAGGUCUUACUGGAACCAUUCUUCAAAACAAUAUGAAGGAACUUUGGUGUGUUAUGGACUGGGCUGUACCAGGACUUUUAGGUAGCAGAGUACAUUUCAAGAAGAAAUUUUCUGAUCCAGUGGAGCAUGGCCAGAGGCACACUGCAACUAAAAGAGAGCUAGCAACAGGUCGUAAGGCCAUGGUGAAGCUAGCAAGAAAAAUGUCUGGCUGGUUUCUGAGACGUACCAAAGCACUUAUCAGUGAUCAGUUACCAAAAAAGGAAGAUCGAAUGGUAUUUUGUUCACUAACUGAAUUCCAGAAAGCAGUGUACCAGGCUGUGCUAGAGACGGAUGAUGUAACCUUGGUGUUAAGAGCAGGAGAGCCCUGUAGCUGCAACAGUGGCCGGAAAAGGAAGAACUGUUGUUACAAAGUAAAUGCACAUGGUGAAACGAUUAAGUCAUUGCGCUUCAGUUACCUAAUGAUCCUACAGAAGGUUGCAAAUCAUGCUGCACUGCUGCAGACAGACAACACUAGCAAGCUGCAGGAAGCACAUAUCAAACGAGUUUGCAGCCAGGUAUUUUCCACUUUUCCAGAUUUUGUGCAGUUAAGCAAAGAUGCGGCCUUUGAAACAAUUUCAGAUCCAAAAUAUAGUGGAAAAAUGAAGGUCCUUCAGCAACUUUUAAAUCACUUGCGAAAAAAUAAAGAUAAAGUUCUUCUUUUCUCCUUUUCCACAAAGUUGCUCGAUGUGCUGGAACAGUAUUGCAUGGCAUCUGGGCUAGAUUACCGAAGACUUGAUGGAAAUACAAAAUCAGAAGAUAGGAUCAGAAUUGUAAGAGAGUUCAACAGCAUUCCGGAAAUUAACAUAUGUCUUGUAUCUACAAUGGCUGGUGGACUGGGUCUUAAUUUUGUUGGUGCCAAUGUUGUUAUACUGUUUGAUCCUACAUGGAAUCCAGCAAACGAUCUUCAAGCAAUUGACAGAGCUUAUAGAAUUGGCCAACACAGAGCUGUUAAGGUGUUUAGAUUGAUAUCCUUGGGAACUGUGGAAGAGAUUAUGUACUUGCGACAAGUUUAUAAACAGCAACUUCACUGUGCAGUGAUUGGAACUGAAAAUGCCAGGCGGUAUUUCGAGGCAGUACAAGGAUCAAAGGAACAUCAAGGAGAGCUUUUUGGGAUUCAUAACCUUUUCAAACUUAGGAGUCAUGGGUCCUGUCUUACCAAAGACAUACUGGAGAGGGAAGGACAGGUAGAAGCAGGAGUCAUGACAGCAACUACAUGGUUGAAGGAAGAGAAUCGUUCAUGCAGCUCAGAAAAGUAUGAACAGCCAGACUGUCAAGAAGAUGGAGAUCCCCAAAGCAUUCAGGCCCAAUUAAAAAGAGAAAAAACUGAUUUUUGGGAUGAUUUCAGUGAUGAUGAUGUUCUGGAGAGUUCUGUGAAAAAAUGUGACAGAAGGAAGCCAUACAAUGAAAAUAAUUCUGUAGUAACAAAAGGACAGCUUUCCUUAAUGCAGUGUGGAUUCUCUAAGUUGUUGCAGAGAGAAAUUGAAACCGCCAAAGGAGGGGAUGAUAAUUAUAACUCCCACCAUUCAAGUUCCGUUAAUCAUAGUAUAAGAAAAAAUGUAAAUAGCAAGCAUGGUGGUUUUCAGAAAUGUCAAACCAGUGUGCCUGUUUCAGAGCAUGGGAAAGCUGUUCUGUCUCCAAAUGGAACUGAUAAACAAGAUAUACAUAGGACAGAUUGGCUUGGUUUAACAGGUUUUGACAAGGAAGGGGACAGAAAAAAUGAGGAUCAAGGCAUUUCAAAGCAAUGUGAUAUAGUCAUGGAAACUGAAAGUAGUUCUGAAGCAGAUGAUGAUGAUGAUGAUGAUGUCAUCUUUCCUACCCAAGUUAAAGUAUGCCAGCAACCAGUGCUUACUAGAGAAGUUGAAAUGCAUAGGUCAACAUCUGAAAAUUGUGAAGAGUUAGCAAAAGAAAAAGCUGGGUUUGUGUUUAAUGGAAACAGUAGACAAUUUGGAUUCCACAGUACCGAGUCAAAUUUCAGCAAUGCCAUGUCUUUUGAAGACAUAAAGAAUGACAUAGAUUUGAAGGGAGUAAGUGAUGUAAGUGAUGAGUCUGAUGAUAUUGAACUUUCCCAUAAUUCUGAAUUAAGAGAGCUAGGAACUUUGGGUUUUCCAAAGUGGAAGGAAGGAUGUGCCCUUAACAAUGAACUAGAUAAUGUCUCCAAAUCUCUACUACAAGUGAAGAAGCCUCAUAGAAAAGGAAAGCAAAGUAGUUCUCAGAAUAUAGAUGAAUUCUCAUCCUCUGAAGAUAACUUUCCAGUUGAGAAAAUCCAUGCCAGAAAGCAAAAAAAACAGAAACAGAGAGGCCGAUUUCAGUUUGGAUCUAAAAUGCUGUGUCCUAAUCAAGAUACCUCAGUUGCACAAAUGAAGUCUAGCGGUUAUGCUAUGCAUAGAACUUACGCAAGUAAAACUGUAUUUAAGCAUCAAGAGAAAACAAUAGAAUCUAUGGACAAAUAUUUAGAUGGUGUUCAAGAAGUGGCAUAUAUUCAUUCAAAUCAGAAUGUGGUUGGAUCCAGCAAGGCUGAAAAUCACUUGAGCCGGUGGGCGGUGCGAGACGUAUUUGAGUUGAAGCAGUUUUCCCAGCUCCCUGCUAAUGUAGCUGUCUGUAGUGCCAAGACACUGAGGAUGGGAGGAAGAGAAUGCUCAGCUGGAAGUCUAAUAAAUUACUUUGUUUUUUGGGAUGGCUUUUACAUUAGCCAGCUUUGAAAGAGUUGGUAAUUAAACAGCACAGCACCCUCCGUGGGAUUUUUUGGUGAGAGAAAUGGUGAGAUUAAAUAUUGGGUUUUUGAAAUCAAAUUCUGUGCCAUGAUUUUCUGUUUUGGGCCUUGAAAAAUCUUUGGUUUGUCCUGGAUCCAGUUAAGAAAAAUCCAGUUGCCACAGUACAUUCUGAAACCCCCUGUAGCAUAGAAAUUUGAGCAAACAUCAGUUUGCAGACUCUCUUGAGGAGGUGAACAUAUGCAGUUGCUAUAGUUGAGUCAAACUGUCUUUUUGAUAUCUUAAACAGAGAACUAGAGUUUCCUGGGAGUUAUUUGC